AUGCCUGACAAAGUUUGUGCGCUGGCACUGGCACUGAUGCUGCUGGCCCCAGGGAGAGAUCGGCGAGGUAGGGCGCUAGUGGACGAGAGUGCAGAGGCGUCACCUGGGACUUUGGGCAUAUACUUAGGAGAGUGCUCUCCUGGGGGACACCAGUUACUUCAGAGCCCUUAUCAUAUCCAUUUCGACUCAUUGUACCUCCAGCAGUCAGCCAUUCAAGACCUGAUAUAUGACCAUUCCCUAGCUCCUGGAUGAUAUCAAUUUCUCAUCUUUGACAGACCUGCUGAGAUGCCAACCAAAUGUGUCGAGAUGAACCACUGCAGAACACAAGCCCCCAUAUGGCUGUCUCUGAGAGGUUCAGAAACACUGCCUUCACUUGGGGCGAUCAAGCAACUGACAGCUUGUGCCGCAUGGCAGGUUUUGCUUAGCAUUACAGAAGACUGCUGUCUUUUUCAAAUCCCAGUGUCUGUAAGAAACUGUGGACAAUUUUUUGUAUACUUACUACAAUCUACUCAGGGAUGUAUGGGGCAUUGUGCAGAAGCUAUAUCUGAUGCAAAAUUAUACCCAUGUGGCCCUGACAAAAUUGAAAUUGGAGAUGACUGUGUUCAUCAGCUGUCUGCUUCAUUGCCACCACCACUUCCAGGAAGACCAGAGGUUGUGAUGGAGCCAAUUGAGUCCAGGAUUUUCUUUAGGUGUGCUUUUGAUGUUUCCCCUACAAACAAUUCAGUGGGAUUUCUCAUAGCUUGGUCUAGGCUUUCUUCUCAAGAAAUCAAAGAGGAGUUGAAGCAGGGGACCACAGUUCAGGCAUUCUCUUUUUCAGAAAUGGAUGGCAUAAAUCUCAGACUUGGAGAUAGGAUAUUCUGUACUGUUUUCAUCUUUUUCUUGGAGAAACUACAUGUACAAAGAUUAGCCAUCAAAAGCCAAGAAAUUUUUGCAAGCAUUAAGUUACCACCUGAAUUGAGCACUAUAUCAGAAGAUGGAAAAGAAUACCAGUUGAGAAUAGAGAGCACGAUUCCUGUCGUUUGUUCUGAAUUCAGUGAGCUUGAUUAGGAAUGCAAAAUCUCACUAAAACUGAAAACUGUUGAUCAAGGCAAAGAACAUCUAGGCUUAAAUUUGGCAUUGUCUUCCUGUCAUGUGGACCUUCACUGGACAUCAUCCUAUGCUGAUGGAACCUACAGUCAUGCUCUUGAGUACUACACUGCUGUAGUAGAUGUUUCUCUAGAUGGAAAUAGAGUUAUAGACAUUAUAGUGAAACCUAUAGUUAAUGAAUUUUUCCUGUGGAACAGCUACAUUCCAGACAGCAUCCAGAUCAGAGUAAAGGAUGUCCCAACUGCUUACUGCUAUUUAUUUACUGAACCACGUAUAAUUGUAUUCAAUGGCAGGGUAUACAAUAAUUUCAAUACUGGAAUGUUUGUGCUUUAUAAGAGUAUGUCACAUGAUUUUGAAGUUCAUGUAUGUCAGUGGGACUGUGGAAGCUUUCACUAUCCUGUGUCAUGUAACUGCGGAUUCGUUGCCGAAGAAGAAGGUGAUGUAGUUACUUUCGAUAUGUGCGGUGGCCAGCUACCUGAAUCACAGCCGUAUUUAUCUAUAAAGAGCCAGUUUGAAAUCAGCAAUAUUAAGAUAAGUGAAUCUUACUUAGAAAGAAAAGUCACAUUUCGGUUUUCUUCUGGAGCAUUCAUCCGUGCUGACCUUAGUGAAUGGGGCAUGAGUCUCACAAUCAGAGCUCCUAGCUUAGAUUACAGAAAUUUGGGGACCUAUGAUGAAAACCCAGAAAAUGAUUUCCAUGACAAAAAUGGAAUCAAAAUUGAUCAAACUUUUAAUAAUUGUUUUGCUGUUAUUAAUGAAUGGAGAAUUUUACCAGGAAAAAGCAUGUUUGACACCAUGCCAAUCUCUCUGCGAUCUCCUGAAAAACUGUCUUAUUGUAGCUGCUCCUUGGACACCACUUCAUUGUAUUCAUCUUCUAAUUACCUGGACAGUGUUUCUCAAUCAGAUAUUGUUUCAGAUUGCAAAGACCUCAAAGAUAUCAAAUUCUCUUCCUUAAUACCAAAACUAGAUAUCACCUCUAAAUAUAUUAAUUUAGAAGCUCUUGUCAGAAGGAAAAACAAGCAUAUUUCUAGAGAAGAAAAUAAUUUGAAUUUCUUUCCUCAAGAAACAAAGGACAUGAACCUAAUCAAACUGGAUUUAAAUUUACAAAAACUUCCUGAAAAUGGGAAACAAGAUGCACUAAAAACUUUGGGCAAUGAGACACACACACAGAGCCAGCUUAACCACAGUUAAGAAACAGGGUGGCAUCGACAAAACAGGUGGACACAGCAAAAUGUUUAUGAGUUUCUUCCUUUGUUUGCUUUCCAAAGUCUCAACCAGAGUGACCUGGGAGAAUUUACUUAUUUUUUCUCUGAGGAACAUACAGAGGAUAUCCACAAAGAGUUUGUCCCCAUGUGGCCCACACCCUCUGGCUGCACAGAAUACAGCUUGUUGGUAUUGUGUCAACAGACUCUAGCCAACUCCAGCAUAGAAAAGCACUGCUUUCUUGGAAAGAGACUAGACAGUGUUAAGGAUGUUCUCCUAAAACAUGGUCUUAGCUGGGCAGAAGCAGGUGUGGCCCUUUUAGAAAAUAAAUGUGAAAGAUUUUUGAAAGAGGGGAAAUAAAACACAAAAGAACAUGGCAAAUUGAUUGAAAACAUUCUCUUGGUACUGAAAUGCCCUAAUUGAUGCUGUGGUGAUGGGCAGUGUAUGCAAUAGGCAUGCACAUGUUCCCCAGGCUUUAGUUCCUAUGAUUGCAGUGAUUCACAUGACAAGACUCCUGAAAUUAUAGAGCUUGAGUAUGCUGGAUUCUGUAAUGUUUGAAAAUAUAAUUGUAUGAUGGCGAGAGUUUUUAGUCAAGGCUUCAAAGAAUCACUUUCAUUUAAAUGUGAAGUUACUAAACGGCAGUAAAAUAGCAGUAAAUGGGUCCUUGGAGAAGCUGUCUAUGCACAUACUGUUUUUCAAAACAGCAGAACUGUUGAUUGUCAGCUGCCUAUUGAUAUUCAUCAGUCUGGUAUCAUGGAUCUCAUGGGUGAAAAAUCAAUUAUGAAGUGGCAAUUAAAGGUAUCUAAUGAUGGUCACAGCUUCAGUAAUCCCAAAAUAAUGAUCAUAUAUGACGCUUGUGAAAUUUGUGGUCUCUAUGAAAAGAACUCAUGCACUACAAAGGAAAAUAUUUGCAUUAUUGAUGGCCUCUGCUACAUUGAAGGAGAUAAAGGUCCUACCAGCCCUUGUUUGAUUUGUAGACCUAAGAUUUAAAAAUUUACGUGGUAAUUUCAUGCCUUCCAGCCCCAUCAUUCUGUGACUCUACAACCAAACCCUGUAAUUCAAAUACAGCAAGACAAAUUACAGACAUUUUAUGGAGAAAACAUUGUGUACCAGUUCAUGGUUUUUGAUCCAAAAGGCUCUGACAUUCAUUUUACCUUGUUCUCUUGUCCUGAAGAAGCAAAUGUUUCCACUGCAGGACUUCUUAUGUAGAAAGCAUCUCAAACUCCCCAGCAACUCACUCUCCCCAUUAGCAAUGACUGCAACACUGAAACUAAGUCACAAUUGAGCUUCGAGCUCCCAAUACUGUUCUUUUGUGCCCAUAUUCACUUGAAACUUGGGAAACACUUUCACACAGAAUUGACUGUGAAGUCUUGUGAUUGCUUAAAUGAUGGAUCAUGUGUGUCUGAUAUUAAAUUUCCUCCAAGAAAUGGAGCAUACCUGUGUGUCUGCUUUCCUGGCUUCCAGGGCAAUCUUUGUGAAGUAGAUGCCAUUGAGUGCCAGUCGAACCCCUGUGGCCUUGGCAGGUGUAUUGGUAGAUUUCACAAUUAUUCCUGUGAUUGUCCACCUGAGAUCAAAGUUAAAGUACAGUUUUUACAUUCAUUUACUACACCUACUGUGGUUCUCACACAAUUUGACAAAAGUAUAACAAAGGAGGAGGAUAAUAAAAAUGCCAGACAUAGAGAGAGGAGUGUUAAGCCAACAAUCAGAAAUGCUUCUACCAUUUGUAGACAUCCAUGUGGAAAAAGCAGGGAAUGUGUUGCCCCAAAAUGCAAAUGUAAACCUGGUUGCACUGGUUCUAAUUAUCAAACUGCUAUGUGUCACCCUGAUUGCAAAAAUAAUGGAAAAUGUAUUAAGCCUAACAUUUGUGAAUGUCUCCCAGGACAUGGUGGAGCAACUUGUGAUGAAGAACAUUGCAGCCCACCUUGUCAACAUGGUGGCACCUGCUUGGAUGGAAAUCUCUGUACGUGUCCUUAUGGUUUUGUGGGACCAAGGUGUGAAAUAAUGGUUUGUAACAAGCAUUGUGAAAAUGGAGGUGAAUGUCUUACACCAGAUGUUUGCCAGUGCAAGCCUGGCUGGUAUGGACCCUGCUGUUCAUUAGCUUUGUGUGACCCCGUUUGCCUCAAUGGUGGUUCCUGUAAUAAACCAAACACUUGCCUCUGUCCAAAUAGAUACUUUGGCGCACGGUGUUGGAAUGCUAUCUGUCACUCUCCCUGUAAGAAUGGUGGCCACUGCAUAAGAAAUAAUGUGUGCGCCUGUCAUGAAGGAUACACUGGUAGGAGGUGCCAAAAAGAUAUCUGUGAUCUCAUGUGCAUGAACGGAGGAAAAUAUGUAGGACCAAACAUUUGCUAUUGUCCUGGUUGGAGAGGGAAACAAUGCAGCAGACCUAUCUGCUUUCAGAAAUGUAAAAACAGUGGUGAAUGUAUUGCUUCUAACAUAUGUUAUUGUCCUACUACGUGGGAAGGAAUGCGGUGUCAAAUAACAAUCUGCAAUCAAAAGUGUCUUUACGGAGGCAGAUGUGUAUUUUACAAUGUGUGUUCUUGCCACACUGGAUAUUCUGGAGUCAAAUGUGAAAAUAAAAUACAGAUAUGA